AUGGCGCUGCCUCGUGCGAAAAAGCGCUCGGGCACCGUCUUCUCUCGCGAUGAAAUCGGCGUCGAGCAGCUGCAGUCGCUCAAGGAGAAGUUUGCGGAUGGGGACCUGAAUGAGAAGGAGUUCGUGAGCCUCUUUCGCGAGAUCGUGGACGCGUCGCUCAGCGAAACCCAACUCACGGAGCUGUUCCAGAAGAUCGAUGCAAACUCGGAUGGGACCGUGGACUGGGAUGAACUCACCAAUUAUAUGUUCCUCAGUGGGAGCGGCAGUGAUGAAUAUACAGGAGAUGAUGGCAAUUCUUGCUAUGAGACGGCGUAUCCGGAGAAGUUCACGGGCGAUAUGGGCAGCGGCAAUGGGCCCGGGGGCACGGGGCCAGCUCCGACGGAUACAAUGGGGAAUGUGACUGGAGGAAGUGGCGGGGCGCUUGGACUCGGACUGCUACUACACCACAAGGACGUGAUCACUCGCAUUGUGCGGCUAGAGCGACCCAGCGUCUACCUCACGACCAGCAAGGACGGCAGCGUUCGAACUUGGAGCGCGAACUCACUCGCCCCGCAGCAAGUUCUAGCUUCGGGUCGGGACUGGCUGACAGACUGCUGCGUGAUGAAGCGCUCCAAUCGACUGGCGGUGUCGUCCAUGAAUCGCACGCUGAGCUUCUACGACUUGAACUCCGGCCAACUCAUCGGCGACCUCGUGGACUACUCAAGGAAGCAGUGUAUCCCGCUGUGUCUCGCAUACGUGGAGAAGCCGUCAGAUGACCGUGAAGCUCUAGUAGUUGGAGACGACACAGGCGGCAUUUCGGUGCUUACGUGUUCAGACCAGUGGUUGGCUUGCGAUGGCCGUUCGCCUCCGCCUGGGGCGAGCGCCUCCGCUCAGAUGGCAGCCACUACGACUCCAAGCAAUCCCAGCAGCCUCGGAGGCGGCGGUGGCAACCCGGCGGGCAGUGCAGUGCUCGAAGCGCAGGGCUUUUCAUCGCGCGUGAAGUUCCAGAAGCACACGGACUGGAUCACGCGCGUCAAGUGGGUCCACGACAUGCGCGCGGUGGUUGCAACCUCGCUGGACGCUACAGUGUCGAUCCUGGAUGUCGAUCGACUCGUAGUCAAGUUCGAGUAUACUCGUCACCGCAAGGGCGUCUUCGACCUGGCGUGGUGCGCUAGUACGCGGCUCAUCGCUAGCUGCGGGAUGGAACGCGACAUUCACAUCUGGAACCCGUACAGCUCGCAGCGCGCUGUUGCUACGCUAAAAGGCCACACUAGCUCGGUGCUGCAUCUCGUGAGCGACGACGACAAUUUCCAAAUCGUGUCGGCGGCUGCGGAUAACACGGUGAAAGUCUGGGACGUGAGGAACCACCGCUGUCUGCAGACUUUCAUCGUAGAUCGCCAUCGAGGCGGCAGUUCAGUCGCGAGUAACCGCGUGUCCGCGCUGCUUUUUGACGGCAAGCAACCGUGUCUUAUGACUGCGACGACGCAACUCACUCGCUGGGCAGUGAAAACUGCAGGCGGGCCAGCGCGAGGAGGAGUCCCAGUGGAGCGACCUAUUCGGCUGGCGUGCUACAACAACGUGUUCCAUCAAGUGGUGACCGCUGCGAUGGACGCGGAGUCUGCUAUCAAGACCUGGAGUGCCGAGACUGGGGACGAGAUCUCCAGCUUCACGCACGCGCACGGCGCCAACCCCGUGACGAGCAUCGCCUUUGACCAUGCUGGUAGGAGACUUCUCACGGGUUCGCACGACGGCGAGCAGCUCAAGAUGUGGAACUUCAGCAACGGAGCGCUCGUCAAGCAGUUCCACAAGAAAGAGCCCCCAGUGGUGAGCUCCCUGCUGUUCACGCCGACACAGGCAACGGGUGGAACUGUAGCGAGCUCAGCCGCUCUGUCCGACGACCCCUCUGGUGGCUCUAACGGCGCAGAAGCUGCCGUUGCUUCAGCAGCUCCUCGAAAGCGCAAAGUUCGCGACAUCAUGCUGCUACCCGCGUCCUUCGGCAUGGACCACGAAGGUCGACGAGGCAAUUCUGCGCUGAUGGCCAAGGCAGAACUUCCGUCGCCGACUCGCGUACGUCUUCAGCAUGGACAGGAUCAUCCGACUCCAGUUCCACCCGUGCAGCCUCCACGACCUGAAGCUAGUCAACCCCUGCAAGACUCAGCUAGAGGACCAAGUCCAAGACCUCGACCACACGUUGUCGGAGGCACACGAACGGCACGGGGCUCCGAGACUUCCCAGUAUCGACAGCAUGAAGUCACCAACAUCAUGGACAUCGAGCGCAACCUUCGUGUAGGCAUGGGGGACUUUAUCUGCCAAAGGUUCGUGUGCUCUGUCGGCUGGGACCGCCAGCUCUACGUGUGGGCCGACAAGAACGACGAGUCCGAGGCCUUACCAGUGCACGUCCUUCCACCAGACAGUGACGGUGACGACGACGACCAUGAUCCGGACGAAUUAGGGCAUGGAAGGCGUGGUAGGCGUCGUCGGAGGCGACAGCAUCACACCAUGGACGUAUUGGCGCUGGCGUAUCUCCCACCCGCGUACGUGGCGACAGCAGGGCUGGAUGGUUUAGUGCUUCUGUGGUCUCUCAACUCGGGCGAACUGGUGGCGCCGCUGCAUCAAAACUCGGGGCCGAUCGAGUCGCUGUGGUACGCAGAGAAGCUCGAGCUCCUCUUCGCUGCUGGUGAGCGCGGCAUCCUGCUCUGCUUCGACCGGUCCAUGGCCACGCAAGCUGAAAUUCCUCUUGACGUCUCAGUGCAGAGCCAAAGUUCGCAAAUCUCGACGAAUCUGGAGGCUGUCACCGUCUUGCGCUGUGAUAAGGCGAACACCCAUCUUGUAUCUGGUGACGCUGCUGGCUACGUGAAGGUGUGGGAGCUCCGCGUGGCUCGAAAUCACGAAGGAGUGGAGCUUGCGUUGGUCUGCACGUGGCGUCUUGGUAGUGGUAACUCAUACAACCAAGCGGGGGCCUCGAACUCGCUGUCGGCACCGAGUAGGCGAGUCUUGUGUGCUGACUUCGUGGAGAACCUGACCCGAGUACCUGAGCUGUUCCUGGUCUUCUCGUGUGCGGAUGGAGAAGUGAGUCUCUGGACAUUGGAUGGCCUGCAGGUAGGCAGCUUCGGAGGUCGGCAUCGCUCCUGGCAGCUCGGUCGACCUUCAACCUACGCGUCAUCUGAGUCGAGCUGUGAGUGGGGGUGGCUGCCUCGACGACGGCAGUCAUCGUUUCUGUCCAAUGAAGACACGCUCGCCAACGCCCUCCUCCCACCGACUGCAGUCUUCAUCAAGAACUGCACGAUCAGCGCUCUGAACGGCUCAACGUCGGAGCCCCGCGAGAACUUCUUGCUAGAGGACACGAUGCCUAAACCGGGUGAAGUCUGGAUAUGCGUGUCAGGUCACCGUUCGCGAGCUGCAGCGCAGAAUGCGUCCAAGAAGCUGGAUGACGCUGACGGUGAGUUGUCUGGAGACGGGUCUUUUUCAGGGUGCAUUGGCCGGAAGAGCUUGGCGCUCUCGACGGUGGGCAAUGCCGCUAUCCUGAGCCGACGAAGCAGCCCGUUUGGCCCAGGCAACAACAACGGUGAGCCCCGAACACUGGCAACGCCGUCGUAUCUGAAGCGGAAGAUUGCAGACGUCAACGGUGAAGUCACAGAUCUCAUCACAAUCGUAAAAGUCACGCGCGGCGAGAUCUCGUGCUGGGACGGCAGCGCGAACAACCCGCUCGGUGCGCUGAAAGUACUGGACCUGAGCGAGUUCGUGCGGAAAGCUGGCUGGACCAAGCACGCAUUGUUGUCGUACUUCGUGGGGCGCUCCUUUUUGUAA